UGUCCCUUUAGUUCCUGUACUUCUGGCAAGUGAAUAAGUUGACAUUUCAAGGAAUAAGAAAACCAAAGAAAAUGUCCUAAACAAAGAAAGCAAUAAAAAUUUUAAGGUGAAUUAUAAAUAAAAAGAAACAAAUAAACAACAAUUUUUAUUAAAAAAUUUUUCAUUGCCUGCUGCAGUUGCUGCCUGUUUGUUUGACUGACUGACUGAAGAGGCACUUGUAGACAUUUACAAUGGCUUGUCCUUAUUUUCGUCGCACUGAUUCAUUGCCACGUCAACCCUCAGUGGUGGCGGAACCUUCUGCCAAUUGGACUUUGGAAGAUGAGGAACAACCAGAUGAUGCUCUUACAUUAACCCAUUUGCAAAUGGCCAUACAGCUAUUGACAGCUCCUUCGAACGAGGACUUAAAUACUGCUGUUACAUCUUUAAUUUCGAAAUACAAUCAAAGCUGGCCAAAUAUUUCAAAAUUACGCAUUGAUUUGGAUACUUUAAAAAAUAUACCCAAUUAUGAUUAUCUGGGUGAUAUACAAGACAUACUUUUGGAAAUGGAUGAAUCGAGUGCUAGUGAGAUAUUAGUACUGCUAGGUGAAGAGCUAAUAAUAACUUGCUGUACGGGAAUCAUAGAGAGAGCUUUUCGUUGCUUGGGCACCGAAUUACAAGAGUUUUUGGGUUCCUUAGAUGGAGUAUAUGAUGUAUUGAAAUUUCAAGAGGAAGAGGACUGCAGCGAUACUGGCUUUGUAUGUGCUGGUGAUGGUGAAUUAAUUUUCACCUCCGAACGUCCUGUAAUUGCUUGGUUGUUGUUGGGUUCUUUAAAGGCCUUGACUCGUAUACUGUUUAAUCUACAGGUCAAUAUAAAAAUUGAGCCUGUGGAGGGUGAUUGUCGCCGUUAUCGCUAUUUGUUUUCUUUGGCUAAAGACGGUCAUGCUAGGGAGUCACAGGUAUUGAAAGCCGAAGAACUGCCCAUGCAACGUAGCAAUUCUACUAGCGCUGCCGAUUUAUCUAUGAAUUCCAGCUCAUUUUGCAAAGCUUUUCCUUGGCAUUUUAUAAUGAAUGAAGAAUUGGAACUGGUGCAGUUGGGUCGUGGUUUUAGCAAAUUGUAUAAACCUUUCUUAGCAGAUUACGGUUGUUUAGCUACCACCUAUUUUGAUUUUAAACGUCCCAAGGGUUUAAACAUGAAGUUUAGAGACAUUGUACGCCGUACUUACACACCCUUUUUAAUUGCUUUAAAAAAUCCUCCUGAUGUACAGGAAUUUACAGCUAAAGGCCUGGAAAUCAAGGGUCAAAUGGUGCACUGUCCCGAAUCAAAUUCUUUACUCUUUAUGGGUUCUCCAUUUUUGGAUGGUUUAGAUGGCUUGACCUGCAAUGGUCUUUUCAUCUCCGAUAUACCAUUACAUGAUGCUACACGCGAAGUGAUUCUAGUGGGAGAACAGGCUAGGGCUCAAGAUGGUUUACGCAGGCGUAUGGAUAAACUUAAGAGUUCUAUAGAAGAGGCCAAUGCGGCUGUAACCAAGGAACGUAAGAAGAAUGUCAGUCUUUUGCAUUUGAUUUUCCCAGCCGAAAUUGCUGAACGUUUAUGGUUGGGUGCUAGCAUUGAUGCCAAGACCUAUCCCGAUGUCACCAUACUCUUCAGCGACAUUGUGGGCUUCACCAGCAUUUGUUCUCGUGCUACACCCUUUAUGGUCAUCAGUAUGCUGGAAAGUUUAUACAAAGAUUUCGAUGAAUUUUGUGACAUGUUCGAUGUUUACAAAGUGGAGACUAUAGGCGAUGCCUAUUGUGUGGCCAGUGGUCUACACCGAGCUUCCAUCUAUGAUGCUCACAAGGUGGCUUGGAUGGCUUUGAAAAUGGUGGAUGCCUGUUCCAGGCAAAUAACCCAUGAUGGUGAGCAAAUCAAAAUGCGUAUAGGUUUACAUACUGGAACUGUUUUGGCGGGAGUUGUGGGACGCAAAAUGCCACGUUACUGUUUGUUUGGUCAUAAUGUUACUAUUGCCAAUAAGUUUGAGUCGGGCAGUGAGGCUUGUAAAAUUAAUGUUAGCCCCACCACAAGAGAAUGGCUUAUUAAGCAUCCCGGAUUUGAUUUCAACUUACAACCCCGUGAUCCCUCUUGCCUACCAAAGGAAUUUUUCAAUGCCGGCAAUGGCACCUGUUACUUUUUGGAAAAAUAUCGUCAUCCUUCUAUGGAUGAGAGUCUACCCCUGGACGAUCAUAUUACCGCGGCCAUGAAAUCUAUAACAACUUCAGCAAAUUAAUAUUAAAGCGUUCAUUGUUAUUCGAUUAAGGAAAAUCUCAAAAAUUAGCUUUAUUUAAGAACUUAAUGUUAUGGAAUUGGUAUUGAAUCAAUCAAUUAAUCCUUGCUCACUUAUACCACUUUCUGGUUAAUUUCUUUUAAGUUCUCACUUAACUUCAGCAUGUAUUUUAGUGACAAGAACUUGCAUGUAUUCAAAUUAAAACCAAGUGUUUGUUAAUUUAAAAUAAAAAUAAAAUAAUACUAAUUUAUUCAAUAAAUCACGAUAAAUUACAUG